CUGUCAAUCAUAGAAUUUGUCAUCGAAAUAAUUUUGUAUAUACGGUUUUCUAAAAAUAUUUUCGUGUUAAAUUCUUUAAUAAAUCAUGGCUUAUUUAACUCAGCCAGAUUAUGUUAAAUAUAUUUGUUCAUGUGGACAAUUGAAACCAAUCACAAGUUUAUAUUUUUGUCGGCAUUGCUUGAAAAUUCGAUGCGGAUUUUGUAUUUGUCAUGAGGUGGAUUCCCAUUAUUGUGCAAACUGUCUGGAAAACAUGCCAUCUUCUGAAGCUCGGUUGAAGAAAAACCGGUGUAGCAGCUGUUUUGACUGCCCCAGUUGUUUUCACACUCUCUCGACGCGUGCUACCCUGGCCCAGCCCCGACAGGCGGCUCAGGAUGCGGCAGCAGGCGGCGACACUAAGGUGGAGAAUAAGCAGCCUAAAAAGAUGUACUACUUGUCAUGUUUUAAUUGUAGAUGGACAUCCAGGGAUGUUGGAAUUCCAGACCAACCUGUUGCAUCAGGUGGAUGGCCAGAAAGAACCAACCCCUUCACAACUCGAAUGAACCAACUGCUAGACUACUACAAGGCUAUAGCCCAGCAAGAGAAACAGGAGAAACUCGAGCGGGAGAGGAAGAAGUUUGCUAUUAGAGGGAAAUAUAUUACACUUACUGAUAAGACCGGGCUGACCGGUGCGAUGGCGCGUAACAUAGCGGGCUUGCCGUCCAGCGACGGCGGCUCGUCCUCCGCAAUCGCCAACUUCGUCGCCAGCCAGGCCAGCGAGGAUGUGGACGAGCUGCCGGAGGACAUAUACACUAAGGAGGUCAACUUGAAACAAAUAACGAGCAUGGCGCAGCGGCUGGCGUCGCCCGAGUGGCAGCCGGCCACGGUGUCGCGGCUGCAUCCGCUCGCCAAGCUGCUGAGCGUCAAGCGCAGCCAACGCUGCAGGGCCUGCGACCACAACCUCACCAAGCCCGAGUACAACCCGGGCUCUAUCAAGUUCAAGAUCGAACUACUCGCCUAUUAUCACGUUCCAGAAGUGAAGGUGAUAUCAUUUGAGACCAUAAAACCUGGUGAGAAGUCAGCUUUAUUGAUCAAGCUGACAAACCCGACUGGGCACGAGAUGCAGGUGCGCCUACUGCAGCCUGAGGACUUACCGCAGCCCGAGGAACGAGAGGAACCUAAGAGCAUAGAGAAAUCUCUGGAAAAAUCGCUUAAUUUAGAAAAGGAACCGCUACCCGAGACCGUUCCAGAUAAACCCAGCGGCGUCCGCGUACCGGCAAGUAGUCGCGUGUGUCCCCCAAGUAUGACGCUGUCUCUGCCCCAGCGCGACGACGCCGCCGAGUAUGACGACGAUGCGCACCACGACACUGACGACGUCAUCCUCUGGCGCAAAUCGAACAAGAUCGCGCUCAGGCUGGAGGUAGUGACAGAGUCGACAGUGGCGAGCGGCGUGCCCGCAAACGCGCUGCUGGCGCUCGAGUACUCGUACCGUAAUACUGUGCCGCCGCCGCCCACCGCGGGCGGCACACUCGCCGGCACCACACCAGCACCGCGGGACCACACGCUCUACACCACCGUACUGUUGGACCUCGGCGUCGUCAGCGGUUAGCGGCAUGUGAUACUUGCUGACGUAACUUUUUAAAUGCUUAUCAAUAAUGACGUUUCAUAUUGGGCCCAGUUAUAGUUUCCCAUAAAAGGAAACAAACGUAUUAGGAUCAUUGGAAGAAUAUAAUAAAAAUAAUUUAUUAAGUAUAUAUCAUAUACCAUUAUAAUGUUCCUUAUAUGUUUUGUUAACUACAUUAGUGAACCCUAAACCGAUCAAAAUAAAGUUUAAAAUUCACUAUCGAAAAACAUUAAUUAAAAACAGUAGAAAAUAAAGCCAAAACGGAUUAAUUAUAAUCAUAUAGUGUACAUUUACUGGGCGUAGACUUCAUAUAUUGCUGAAACAUCUAUCAUCAUCAUAAGCCUGUAGUCCACUGGUGGACAUAGCACCUCCUCCAAAUAACGUCAAUGAGCGCAGUAUUCAGUUUUUUGCUUCUAGUCUUUGCAUCUAACCCAUAUAACGUCGCUACACCAAGCUAGAGGUCGUUUGACACUGCGUUUACCAACUCGCGGUUUCCACUCCAGUUCUUGUCUACUACAAUGGUUAUAAUUUUACUACAUAUCCGGCCCUUUGCCAAUUCAGCUUGCAAGUUAUUUGAACUAAGUUUUCUUCUGUAAUCUUUUAGAAGAAAUAUCUAUCUUUUAGAAGAAGUAUUUAUGUAUCUAAUAUGUAUAAUUUAUUCAGUUGCUAAUUGAUACGUAGUCACCAUUCUGUCAUUAAUUACCAAUUGGUUUUAAAAUUAGCAACUAGACCACAUUAAUUGAAGCUGACUGUACGGAUAAGGAGAAAAUUAUGUCCAAAUACGUUUACCGUUUGAGACCUAUCUCUAAACAGUCUAUAACUUGGCAAAUUUUUAUUAAAAAAUGAAAUGGCAGCUUUUAAGCAUGCUUAAUGCAAUUGCUUGUAGCACUGUUGUAUAUUCAAUGACCAUAAAGUGUGAUAAUAAAUUAAAUUUUGUUAUGACACAAUGAAUUUUCAUAUUUGGAAUAGCAUAGUCAAUCAAUUUUUACAUUUUUUUUUU